AUGGAGAACCUACCGCCAAAGUAUGUCUCCCCGCCGGGGACGUGGAGGACGAAGCUGGGUCUGCGAGCGGGAUCCGUCCUGUGUGUCAUCAUUCUCGCUGGUCUUAGCGGGUCACUGGCAGCAAACCCGCGAAUUGAGGCCGGAGCCCUGCUGAUGGUGGUUUUGGCCCCUGCCAUUAUUGUCACUUUUGUUUGGGACGUCGCCGAAGCAGCAUGCAUCUUGAAACGUGGCGGAAACCGUGGAAUCCACCCCGGCGCAAUCGUGGCCAUCGACCUCCUCGCCUGGCUUGGCUGGGCCAUUGUCGACCUUAUGCUGUCUACUUUUGGGGUGAUCUCGAGGCCCCGUUACAUGAUCCAGGAUUAUAGCGGCUACGACAACGACCGAUACCAGUACGAUGAGUCCAAGGUCACACCCGAGGACCGGGCGCUGGAGACGGAGAUUCAGGGCAAGGGACGGGCCAUGAUUGUGUUCGGCGUUAUCACAACGUGA